GACUGAGGGUGGGUCAUACUGAGCUAAAGGACUUGGUUGUGAGGAAAAAGAAAGUGGAACAUGUCGGAAACAGAAAGAGGAAGUGUUCUUUACAUUACAUGCAGCAGGUGGCGGUAAGCACCUUUCAGCGGUUUGCGGUCCACCAUUAAAAGAAGAAGAAGAAGACAGUUUCUGCGCAUGCGUACUAUGGUUCAGUCCACCAGUGGAGCGGCGGAAGUCCAAACAAACAGUGGAUUUGGAGUUUAUCUUGGCUUCUUCAAGUUAACGGGUCCAACAGGCCUGGCUGUAGGACCACUCCCGCUCUGACCUGCAGCUCCUGAAGUCAGCCAAUGAAAACAGUAGCAGUGCUUGGAGGAGGGAUCGGGGGGUUGUCUGCAGCCUACUACCUGUGCAAGAGCCCGCAGCUUACCAAGGUGAUUGUUUUGGAGUCCAGCGGUCGUUUUGGAGGUUGGCUGUGGUCCUCACGGAGGUCCGAUGGGGCAGUAUUUGAACAUGGACCAAGAGGGAUUCGACCUGCCGGGCCAGUGGGACACAACACCCUCAAUAUGGUGGAGGAUCUGGGUCUAGAGGGGGAGAUUUUGCCCGUUUCCUACAGCCAUGAGUCCUCCAAGAACAGAUACCUGUAUGUCAGAGGACAGCUUCACAGGAUGCCUUCAGGAUUCAGUGGGAUUUUUCGAACAGUCCCGCCUUUUUCCCGCCCCCUCCUGUUCAGCUUGGCUCCUGAGAUUCUGGUCAAGAAGGGAAAAGAGGACGACGAGUCGAUCCAUUCGUUUGUUUCCAGGAGGCUCGGAAAGGAGCUGGCGGACAUCGCUGUGGACAGUCUGUGUCGUGGGGUGUUUGCGGGGGACAGCAGGAAGCUCAGUUUGCGCUCCUGUUUUCCUCCUUUCUACAAGGCAGAGCAGGAGAGAGGCUCCCUGACUCUGGGACUUCUGCUGGGCUCAGGUUCAACUUCUGCUGUCUCCCCUGGACCUCUGGCUCAGAGGUCUGUGAAAGAGUCCUGGGCCCAGUGGUCUCUGAGGAGGGGCGUGGAGUCUCUCCCGGAGUCUCUCACAGAGUUCCUGCAGCAGAGCGGGAAAGUGCAGCUUCACAGGGAGACGGCGGUUAAACACAUCGAGGCCUCGGCGUCGGGCUGGAAGGUCCAUUUGGAGGACGGAUUAAUAUCAGCUGACCACAUUAUUUCUGCGCUACCUGCUAAAGUUCUCUCCUGCGUUCUGCCCGACUCGUGGCAGACUCUCAUCCAGCUGCUGCAGGACGUCUCAGCUGUGACGGUCGCUGUCGUUAAUCUGGAAUACGAUGGUUCCAUCCUCCCUGUCAAGGGUUUUGGUCACCUGAUUCCUUCAUCAGAAGAUCCAGGUGUGCUUGGAGUGGUCUAUGAUUCUGUCCCCUUUCCUGAGCACAACAGACCUAAUGGAGAGACCACCAGACUGACGGUAAUGAUGGGCGGAGCUUGGUUCCAGGAAGUGUUUGGCGCUCCAGAAGCCGUGACAGCAGAGAGCCUUUUAGCGAGAGCCACUGAAGCAGUGAGCGGUCAGCUGGGAGUCACUGCAGCACCCAGCUGGAGUCACGUGGCUCUUCACAAGGACUGUAUACCUCAGUAUUAUCUUGGACACUUUAAGAGGGUUGAGUCCAUGCGAAGCUUUAUAAGGAAAAAUAAUCUGUCGCUGUCCCUGAUUGGUUCCUCGUAUGAUGGCGUCUCUGUGAAUGAUGUCAUCUUUAGUGGACGAACAGCUGUGCAAGAGGUCCUGGCAGGUGGAGUUUGAUGCUAAAUCAAGACAUUGAUGCCUUCUUAAAUGUUUAAAUGAAAACUUCUGCAAACAUUUGAAACCUUUGUUGCUUGUUCAUAAUAAAAUAUUCAUCUAAACAAA